AUGCCGGAGCCGCGCGGGACGUCUCCUCUGCGGGUGAACGCGGCGUUCGCCGCGCGGUACAGCCGCUACCGGGAACGUGAGGAGCUGCAGCGGCUGAAAGAUCGCUACCGGGACCGAGACGGCGACGACUCCAGCUCCGAGUCCGACUCGAGCGACGAGCGCGUGGAAUUUGACCCCCAGCAGGAGAGAGACUUUUACAGGACUCUCUCCUUGUUGAAGAAGAAGGAUCCCCGGAUUUACCAGGAAGAUGCCACCUUCUACCAGAGAACAGCAACCUCCUCGGAAAGCGAGGAGGAGCUGGCAGCUGAGAAGCAAAAGAAGACGCGGCCCAUGUACCUGAAGGACUAUGAGCGGAAGGUUAUCUUGGAGAAAGAAGGCAAAUAUGUCGACGAGGAGAAUUCAGACGGGGAGACCUCCAAUCAGAGACUCCAGCAGGUCUCGUCGAAAAGUUACGUGGAAGAACAGAAACAGCUCAAGGAAAGCUUCCGAGCAUUCGUGGAGGACAGUGAAGAUGAGGAUAGUGCCGGGGAAGGUGGCUCCGGGUUGCUCCAGAAACGCACUAAAACCAAGGAGGAGAAGGCCCAGGAGGAUGCUGACUAUAUUGAAUGGCUGAAGGGGCAGAGGGAGAUUCAGAACCCGGAGGCCCUGAGAGAACUGACUCACCUCAAGGAAUAUUGGAAUAACCCAGAGCUGGACGAAGGGGAGCAGUUCCUACGGGAUUAUAUCCUCAACAAGCGAUAUGAGGAAGAGGGAGAUGAGGAGGAAGAGGAGGAGGAGGAAGAGGAGAAAGGGGUGCCAGGGGCCCAGCUCUCCAUAGAUGACUCCUCUGACGAGGGGGAGCUGUUUCUGAAGAAGCAGGAGGACUUCGAGCACAAGUACAAUUUCCGCUUUGAGGAGCCCGACUCGGCCUUGGUCAAGACCUACCCUCGGAGCAUCGCGUCCUCUGUGCGCCGCAAGGACGAGCGAAGGAAGGAGAAAAGGGAGGAGAUCAGGGAGCGGAAGAGGAGGGAGAAGGCGAAAAAGCAGGAAGAACUCAAGCAGCUGAAGAACCUGAAGAGGAAGGAGAUUCUGGCCAAGCUGGAGAAGCUGCGGCAGGUCACGGGCAAUGAGACGGUGGGCUUUGAGGAACAGGACCUCGAGGACGACUUCGACCCCACCCGGCACGACCAGCUCAUGCAGAAAUGCUUCGGGGACGAGUACUACGGCACAGUGGAGGAGGAGAAGCCACACUUUGAGGAGGAGGAAGGGUUCGAAGAUCACUGGAACUGGGACACAUGGACUGGGCCGGAGCAGGGUGAAGAUUGGAGCCAGCAGGAGCUGCACUGCGAGGACCCGGACUUCAAUAUGGAUGCUGACUACGACCCCAGCCAGCCGCAGAAGAAGCAGCGUGAGGCCCCCUUAACGGGCAAGAAGAAGCGCAAGUCACACUUUGCUGCAGCUGUGGGGCAGGAAAAACCUGUGUUCAACCCCAGGGACAAGACGUUUGAGGAGUACCUGGACGAGUACUACCGGCUGGACUACGAGGACAUCAUCGAUGACCUGCCCUGUCGCUUCAAGUACCGCACCGUGGUGCCCUGUGACUUCGGGCUCAGCACAGAGGAGAUCCUCGCUGCUGACGACAAGGAGCUGAACCGGUGGUGCUCCCUGAAGAAGACCUGCAUGUAUAGGUCGGAGCAGGAGGAGCUGCAGGACAAGAAGGCAUACAGCCAGAAGGCCCAGAACUCAUGGAAAAAGAGGCAGAUCUUCAAGUCGCUCUGCCCAGAGGAGAAAGAGAUGCCCACGGAAGCCACAGGGAAGCCACAGAGGGACAAAGCCGGCCCACAGGGGCAGCUGCUGGCAUCUGAUGGGGUCUGCGGGAAGCGGCCCCAGCCUGAGAGCCCCCUGACACAGAAAGAGGCCCCUCCUGUGUCACCCACUGAGAAGCCACCCCUCCAGGGGCGGAGGAGGGCCAAGAGGGCUCGACUCCUGGGCCCCACAGUGACACUUGGAGGACAGGAGUUCAGCCGCCAGAGACUGCAGGCCUUCGGCCUCAAUCCAAAGAGGCUGCACUUCCGCAUGCUGGCCCGGAAGAGGAGGAAGCAGCAGGGGCUCAAGAGCUGCCCCUGA